AUGAAGAAAGAAACUCAUCUCCUCCAAGUAAUCUUACGCAUUUUCUUAUUCUUCCUUUCUAUAAAUUCUAUUAACAUUGUAGUCAUUUCUGAUUCCAUCCCCUACACUCCAAAAGACAAUUACCUAAUCGAUUGCGGCAGUUCUUCCCCUGCUGCAUCAAACAUCCAUGAUGGUAAAACCUUUAUUUCAGAUCAACAAUCUCCUUACCUUUUCACAAAGAAAGAGAUCCAGAUCUCGGUCCCCACCGCCACCACCAACGCCACCGCCGAUGUGCCUUCCCCUAUCUAUCUAACAGCCAGAAUCUUCGUAGAAGAAUCCACCUACAUCUUUCAAAUGACUCGCCCUGGUUGGCAUUGGAUUCGUCUCCAUUUCUUCCCCAUAAACAAUACCGACUUUAAUCUCACUCAUUCAGUUUUCUCCGUAGAAACCAACGAGGUUGUCCUCCUUCACAGCUUCUUUAUCUCCAAUAACACCAAAUCGAUUAUGAAAGAGUAUCUCCUCAACAUCAGCACCGAAGAACUCUCCAUCAAAUUCUUUCCAAUGCGCGAAUCUUUCGCCUUCAUCAAUGCAAUUGAAGUUGUUUCCGCUCCCGAUAGUCUUAUAUCCGAUGUUGGCUCUUCACUUGUUCCAAUUAGUUACUUCUCCGGCCUCUCCUCUUAUUCAUUUCAAACCAUGUACCGUCUCAACAUGGGCGGCGCAAAAAUUACUCCGGCGAAUGACACGCUCGGUCGUUUCUGGGAUUCCGACCUCCCUUUCCUUAGAACUAGAGCUCUUGCCAAGCUCAUAUCUGUCUCUUCCAGCAUUAUCACCUACACCGAAGGCAUCUCCCCCUUGAUUGCACCAAGCUUGGUAUAUUCCACUGCCACUCAAAUGGCCGAUAUUCGUCUCAGAAACCCUAAUUUUAAUGUUACUUGGAACUUCCAAAUUGAUCCUGCCUUCAACUACCUAAUCCGUCUCCAUUUCUGUGACAUUGUCAGCAAAUCCCUAAAUGAGCUUUACUUCAAUGUCUACAUCAAUGGCAAGAUGGCCAUCUCAGCCCUAGACCUCUCUAGCAUUGCCUCUGGCCUUGACAUUCCUUACUACAAGGACAUAGUUGUCAAUUCCUCAAGUUUAUUUGAAAAACUGAAAAUCCAAAUCGGUCCAUUAAAGCAAAACACUGGCUUGGUGAAUGCAAUCCUUAAUGGGUUAGAGAUACUAAAGAUGAGCAACUCAGUAGGAAGCUUGGAUGGGGAAUUUGGUGUCGAUGGAUCGACGAAACCAUCGUCGAUGGUGAAUCAUGGGACUGUCACAGCAUUCGGGUUUGCGACGAUGUUCGGAGCAUUUGUAGGGUUAGGAGCAAUGGUGAUCAAGUGGCACAAGAGACCCCAAAAUUGGGAUUCAACGAAUAAUGGCUUCCCCUCAUGGUUGCUUCCUCUCCAGCCAGGUCACUCAACCAUCAUGAACAAUAGUAAAACUUGUAUUGGAUCAAAUAAGGGUGGAAAUGGAAACAUCUACUCAUCCUCAGGAUUGGGUCGUCGCUUCUCCUUCUCAGAACUACAAGAAGCAACAAAGAAUUUCAAUCAGAAAGCAGUGAUAGGAGUGGGAGGAUUUGGAAAUGUCUAUUUAGGGUUUGUAGAUAAUGGAACCAAAGUGGCUGUGAAGAGAGGAAACCAACAAUCAGAGCAAGGGAUCAAUGAGUUCCAAACAGAGAUCCAAAUGCUAUCAAAGCUAAGGCACAGACACUUAGUCUCCUUGAUGGGUUAUUGUGAUGAGAAGUCAGAGAUGAUAUUAGUAUAUGAAUACAUGUCCAAUGGUCCUUUAAGAGAUCACUUAUAUGGGAUGAACCUUCCACCAUUAUCAUGGAAACAAAGGUUGGAGAUAUGUAUAGGGGCAGCAAGAGGAUUACAUUACCUACAUACAGGUGCAGCACAAGGGAUCAUACAUAGAGAUGUGAAGAGUACUAAUAUCCUUUUAGACGAGAAUUUGAUUGCGAAAAUGUCGGAUUUCGGGUUAUCGAAGACUGCUCCUACAAUGGAACAGACCCAUGUGAGCACAGCUGUGAAGGGUAGUUUUGGGUAUCUUGAUCCAGAGUACUUCAGGCGCCAACAGUUAACGGAUAAAUCUGAUGUUUACUCCUUUGGUGUGGUUUUAUUAGAGGUGUUAUGUGCAAGGCCAGCCAUUGAUCCUGCAUUGCCUAGGGAACAAGUUAACCUAGCGGAGUGGGCAAUGCAGUGGAAGAGGAAGGGAUUAUUAGAAAAGAUUAUUGAUACCCAUCUAGUGGGAGUUAUUAAUCCAGAGUCUUUGAAACAAUUUGCUGAUGCUGCCGAGAAGUGUUUGGCAGAGUAUGGUACGGAUAGGCUACCCAUGGGGGAAGUACUUUGGAAUCUUGAGUUUGCAUUACAGUUACAAGAGGCUUCUUUACAAGGGAAGAAGGAAGAGGAAAAUAGAGCAGCGGCGGUUGCGGUUGCUGGUACUGGCCCUGCGGUGGUUGUCCCAACUGGGUAUGGAAAUGCAAAUGAGGAUAGUGAACCAGCUCAAGUCCAUGCCAUUGCCAUCGAAGAGCAUUCAGGAACUGCAAUGUUUGCUAGGCAACUUAGGGAGAUCAACGGUCGAUAAAUUAAGUAAUUUAUCUGUUUAUUCUGGUUUUUUGGACAAUAAUUCCCUUAAACAUUUGCA